AUAUUCGCGAACGGCACAUGCAUUGAUCUGACGGGACCGGAUGGACGCUCCGAGUGCGCAACUUAUGUGUUUCUUUGCCAACAUCGCCAAUACGGCCCUUUGAUGGCAACGGAAUGCCCGCGCACCUGUGGACACUGUCCAAUACGUAGCCGUUCUUAUCAUGUACAGCAGCAGCAACAAGUCUUCCAGAAUCUGCUGAAGAAAUUCCUGAACGCUGGGUAA